AUGUCAAAAAAGAGUAGUAUCAAGAAAUUCAAGUUAGUUCAUAUUGAAAAUUCAGACGGUGAUCCAUCCAAAUGGCCUGACACAACUACAAAAAAAAUAGUUGAUGGUACUCAUAUAAAAAUAUUUUAUGAAUUGGAUGAAAAUUCCCAUGCAUAUGGUGCUUGGAUGGAAAUACUUGGUAAAGCCAUUGCUAAAGAAAUAAAAUUGAAAGAAAAUUUGGUGCUGGAACAAAUGCCAUAUGGAUAUAAACUAUUUGUUCAAUACAAAUAUUCAAAAAGAAUAACACCAAAAGAAUUACCUAUGAGUUGUCGUACCAUAAAAGACGGCGAAGAGUGUACAGAAAGAACUGAUAUAUUUGUUUAUGGUGAUCCUAGAGGUGCUAGAUUUAGAUCAAAAAACGACUUUGUACCACAUUGCGUGUGGCUUUAUUUUAAUAAAAAAGAUAGUUGUAAAUGUAAUCAUUGUGAUAAAGAAUCCCAUGAAAAACGCAAAGAAGCUAUAAGAGCAAGUAGAUCAUUGGUUCGGCUUAGUAAACAACAGAUUGAUACAAAGGUUCCUAAGAAAGUUAAAAAAAUUAAUGAAAAUAUUGACAAUAACACAUUAUCUAUUAUAAAUAAUUCAAAAUAUCAACGUGGAGAGAUUAUUUGGGUUUCAGAUACAACGCUAACAUUUAAAUUGUCUUCACAGGAUCAAAAAGAUAAUAAUAAUAAUGAGAUGGAGGAAAUCUUUUGGCCUGGAGUAAUUGUUGAAGUUGGACCAAAUCUAAUUCAAAAAAAUUAUAAUGUUUAUUCUACUGGAUUUUUAAAGCCAUCAUCAAUCAAAAAUCAAUUGGAUAAUUAUAGGUAUUUGAUAAAGCUUUUGAUCAUAAAUAAAUGUUACGAGUAUCCAACAUUUGCUUUAUCACCAUGGCUCUCAAUUGAUCACGAAGAAUUAGCAUUUAAAUAUUCAAAUGAAAUUUAUUUACCACAAUUUUUGAAAGCAAUACAAAUUGCCUCUAAUGUUCAAAAACAUUAUAUAAUGGGAUCAGUUUAUAAUUACAUUGUUAAUCAUAAAGAAAUAAAUUCAAUUAAAGAUCCUAUUCAAAAACAACGAAUUAUUAAUGCAAAAAAUUAUCCACACUAUAGUGAGCUAUGGUUUGGAACUGAAAAAAUCAAAAUUUAUGAUUUUUUAAGAUUGACCAUGGAUGAUGAUGAUAAUAAUAAAUGUUUUGUGGAUAAUGUUUUGUCUAAUAAACAAUCAGUGGCAUCAACUGAUGCUGCUCAGAUUUAUAAAAGUGAGGAUGAUGAAGAUGCCACUAUAACUGAUGAUGAUAAUAACAGUACAAAUGAUAAAACUGUUAUAAAGGAGUCACUACAAGAAUGUCAAAGUUAUAAAUCAGAAGAAAAUGAGAUGAUUAUUGAUAAUUGA